GAAAGCCUUAAGCUAAAGUCACAGCCGGUCUCGCAUACCACGCGCUCUCUGCACUAUGUCGCCCGUCGUUCGCCGAUCUGUCUCGUGAUCAUCCGAGCGGUACCACCGCCGGGUACCUUCUACGGGUUGACCGCGCGUCAAUCAGUGUCCGGUUCUUCUCGAGUCAAGUGUUCCCUUGUUUGGAUUUAAAUAAGUGUUUCUACGAUCUUUUGAAUCAAGGAGUGGAGGAGGUCACCGAUCGAAGAAGAAUCUUCCUAUCCUCCGUUACAAGGAAUAUCCAUUCUAUUCUAUCGACCUUAUACGUUCCCUACUGCGAGCUACUCUCCUCUCAGUAGUACAGACUGACUAGUAUUUCUAUACCAUAGGCUGGUACUGCUGACCGGCUUUAACGUCGGUUGCGGCAGGUCAUGAGAAACGGGUCUUAAGAUGGCCUACAUAAUAUAUUUUUGUUCUGUACAUUGAGAGAGACAAAAAUACCAAAUACGAUACUACCGAGUAUUACUGAGAAUACGAGAGAGUCUGUGGGGACGUAAAGGAACCGGAAGUGAAUAAGAAGGAGGUAGAGAGGACAAAGGAUUACAAAAAAAAAAUGGGCCACGCAUGGUGCAAGGAGAGAACCUCCAAGGCUCAGGAUUCAAAAUCUCCCCUGGACAGGGUCUUCGUGCGCUGUGCACAUCGGAUUUAUCCUGGCUUGAAGGAGGAGGGAUCGGUGCUUGGUGGUGCGACGCAAAGAGUCACCAGUUUUUUUUCCAGUUCUGAAAUAGGCUAUGCCGGAUCACCCCCUAGAGAGGCCUUAACGAGGGGUUGUAGUAUCGACUCAGUCGAUAGACCAUUUCAACCCAGUGAUUGGGUGGAUGUCAACUUAGAAGUACCAAGUACACCAACUGCUGGUUCAGUUCUUACCAAUAUUACAGCUGAUACUAAUCUUUAUCCAACCACAGCCCCCGCUACAAGCUGCUCGAAUUUGAAGAAUGUAACUCCUGUGCCACCCCCGAGAAAUCGUCGGAAAAACAAGGGCAGACCUCUGCCGCCGAAACCUGACGAAAUUCCUCAAACCCAUAGGAACCCAUCCCUAAACUCUACCAGGGAUACGAAGUCUGAACCACUUUAUUCCUCGGUGAAGUCUCCAAAAGCGAAGAGCAAUUAUGCUCGGGAUGAAGUAUCCAAAGUGUCCCGAAGUGGCACGAAUAAAUCUGGAUCGUCUACAGGGACAGGGGAUGAUUCGAAAAAGGGAAAGGAUCUAUACGAGCAUAAGGUUAACGGAACAGGAAGGAUUAUACCGAGCGUGGUGGUUUCCGCCCGAAGAACCAACAGGAGUUCUGAUGCCAAGCAACCGGCUAAGGAACCCAAGGGACAUCACAAGAUACGCGAUGCGGAGUAUGAGGAGUUCUCAAAUAUACAAAGUAGCCAGGUUACCUCGACUCCCAAUCGAACCGAUAGAGAAACCACUAGGGACCUCAGGAUGUUGAUAACAGAGUCUGCCGAUAACAAAGACAAACUCGAAUUACCUGGAAGACCCAAGAAUCACAGCACCGUCAGUUUACCAAAUUACGAUGAACUCGAGGUCGUUAAGCACGAGGUCGAGAAGAGCAGGAUCAACGAUGCUGCAGGGGCGAAUGAUGCGGAAGUUACGGAUAAGGACUUGCUUAAGAAACCUCAUAGAUAUGCCAGUACAGGAUCACUUCCAGUGCAGUCAAUAUUAUCUUCGUUUCCACAAAAAACGGCUGAGCGACUCGAAAAUUAUGUGACUCGUAGCAAGAGCUUUGGAAGUCUGCAGCCACAUCAGAUCCUUGACAAGUUGAACAACGAGGGUUACAGUUCGGAUGAGGAUGUCUGGGGAGGUUUAGAUGAUUAUGAUUUGGGAAUUGCAGAACACGACGAACACGACGGUCAGCCGCCGUUCGAACCAAAUUCUCGACUUCGUGAAAGAAAGGUGAGCACACCGAAGUUUCACAUUGGCGAAGAGAGUAUAGAGUCCGCGAAGAGAAGUGACGAGUCUAAAGGUACUGUAGAGAUGGUGCAAGAUACAAAAAAGGAAGUCGAAGAAGGAAAUGAGGGUGAGGUGGAAUCAUCCAGUACUGGAAUUCCCAGAAGUGCAUCCUUUAAUGCGCUGAAGUCUGCAGCCGCACUGAAGUCUGCGCUGAAGGGUGAAGCUAAACGAAAAAUCUCGAUGCCAGCUAAAUUAGCUGGGGUCGAUGCCAGGAAGUCUCCGACCGCCCUGGACGACUGGUUCCUGGGACAGGAAAGAUCCGUAAGAUUCUUCGAUUCCCCCACUGUCGAAGAGGAGUAUACGAAUACACCAGGAUUCAGACCUGCUAGACCACAAUCAAAAAAUGAUGCGAAGAACGAUUUCGAAUCAGAGCCAUAUUUAUUUGCCGAUGGCACUAGGAGCUCACCGCUACACUGCGACAUCUUCUUCGAGGCUGAUGAGGGUUUUGGUGGGACCUCCAAUACGAUCGACUCAUCGGGUGGAAAGCACCAAUCAGAGAAGAUCCUGCGGCGGACGUUGUCCAAUGAGAGCGAGCCGUUUGAUGGUUAUGAAGAAAAGGAAUUGGCUAUGGACAUCAGAUCACAAUCUUCGAUCAGCAAGCUCUCCAGGACGAUAUCCGACGAGUCCCUGCCCCAGGAGAUGCUCCUGGACGUAGAAGAUUUCUUCGAGGAGAAACUCGCCAAGGAUGUCCAGAACAAGAUGACCAAGGAUUCGGAAGAUUCCACGGAAUCGAAGACCUCGAAGACACCGCCUCCUAGUCCAGAGCCAAAAAUCAAGGCAGAAAUUCAGGAUAACGAUCACUCGAUUCUUUUGAAAGUCCUGAAGGAAGAAAAAACUGGCGAAGACAGUAACUUAAGUUCUAUGACACCUAGUCUUACUGAAUUGGAAGCAGCUCUGUCGGACAUGCUUGAGAAGGAAGACCAACAAGCGGAAGUGGAUGACGCGGAAGAAGUCACGUGCCAAUUAUUACAUUCCGAAUCCGGUAAAUCUGUCGAGCAACCAAUCGAACCCGAAAUUGUACCUGUGGAGAAGGAUAAAUAUCCUGAGGGAAUAAAAGACACCCUUACGAAAGCUGCCGAGUCUACCUCAGAAUGGGAUAAAAAAAAUACCUCAACGAAUCGUCCAAUAUCUUUAGAGCAGAUACUAUCUGAUUCGAAACAGGAAGUGACACCUUCUAAUGGGGAAGAAUCAAAAAUGGUGGAGAUGGAUCUGAGAAAUGGUAAUGUCUCGAAAAUUAAGAAUUCUGUCGAACAGUCAGAAAUUCUUGAGAAGAAAAUAGCUGCAAAGAUGCUUGAUAAAAUUAUGAACAAUACUCCUGGAAAUCCAUUUGAGGAAGCUGUACACAUUUUGGAGAGCAAUGACUCUAAAGAUUCUCAAAUCAGUACAAAUCCUUUCGACGAACCUCCAGAAAAACCGAGUAGGCUUCACAAAGUGGAUCUUGGCGAGUCGCAGGAUCAGAAAGUCAAUCUCCCUACUCCACCGAGAAGGAAGCACAGGAGUAAUUCGAAUGCGCGCAAGGAUGAGAAGGUACGAAGGACAGUGAAUCUUAAUCCAUACCCGAACGACAGACUGAUUUAAGCGUCACGAAUUCGGCGAAUAUGAAGAAAAGAAAAUUCAGAGAAUUUUUCGGAAAAGUUCGGCAACUUCACGUUAGCCAUUAGGAACGUCCUAACAAAUAAGGACGCUGACGUAGAGAGUCUUCGAGAACUUUUAACGAAGGGUCUCGAUGCUUUUCGCCUGGUCUUACGAAUAUUUUUAGAUUCCACCACCGCAGUCAAUUCUUUGUAACUCUGAGCUACCGCCCAUCAGGUACAUAUUUUCACGUAUUGCACAAGAGUAACUAGGAGCAUCCUAGGGAAUUUUUUUAAAGAUAAAAUGAAAAGGCUUGCUAAACAAUUUCAUUACUUGAAAAAAAAAUAACUAAAUGCUGUAACAUAGUGUAUAGAGACGUAGAUGGCGAAUUUAAUAGAGUUUACGUAUGAUAAUAAGAGUGUAAGAUUGAGGAAUGAAUGUGUGUUGUGCAUUAGUCACGAAUAUGGUGCUCCAAGUGCGGGAUAGAUUGCUCGCGUUGAUAUCUUAUAAAUACAUGUAAUAUAAUGCGGAAUAAAGGAGCGAAACAUGGAGAUUCGAA